AUGGUACAUCGGGGUAUUCACCAUUUCCCUCAAGAAUUAUCUAUAGUCUCUGGAGGGUCUAUUCAACUAAAUUCUAAUUUAAUUUCUGCCUCUCAUUCAACACUUGAUGAUUCCUCUAUUUAUUUUAAUAUUAUUCAAAACCCUCAAAAUGGAAUUAGAAUUAUUUUAAAAGAAGAUUCUUCCUCCUUAUCUUCAUUUUCUUCACUUGUUAAUUUUACUCAAAAACAAAUAAAUGAAGGAUCUAUUUGGUUAGAACACACUCCAAUAAAUGAGAAACAAUCUUGGGAUGUUGUUGGCCAUUCCCUCGUAUUAAUUAUCAGAAUUGAGCCUUUAGCUCUUCAAUUACGCAAUUUCACUGAUAUUACUUACAUUCAGGGGAAAAAUUAUGUUAUUUUAAAUAGAUCCCAUUUGGGUGCAGAAUCGAAUGGAGAUAGGUCUAGAAUUUAUUAUAAUAUUACAAAAUCCCCAGAGAAUGGGACUUUUUAUUGGGUAAAUGGAGAAAAAGAAUUAAAUGGAUUUACUCAAUUAAAUAUUGACAAUAAUGAAGUUUUGUAUUCACAAAUGAAUAUGAAUUCAUAUCAAGAUUCCUUUGAAUUUAUAUUAAGUAAUGAUGAAUUAGAAUUACUUCCUAAAAAAGCAAUUAUUAAAGUUUUACCUAUAUUUAAACCUCCAACAUUUGUUAUAAAUUCGAGAACAAUUUUACAACUUGGACUUUCACAUCUUAAUGCUAGUGAACUUGAAGGCUCCUCACCUCGUUAUUUAAUUUUGCCUGAUGGAGUGCCUAGGGAUGGAAGGUUUUUUGUCCAUCCACACUCCAAUGAAUCUACUUUAUUUUUUACACACGAUGAUAUAGUUAACGGACGAUUAUAUUUUCAUGCCUUUGAUGUUAAAUAUAGAACUGUUAAUAAUGUCAUUCUUGAACUUAGAUCGGACAGAGUCCAGCCAGCAUUAAUUCAUUGGCCAAUAAUUAUACGUCCAUCAGAUAACAUAGAUACAGUAAAUGAAAUCCAAUCUGGAAUAGUUGAAGAAGAAAGGGAACAUCAAUAUAAAUCCCAACCAAAACAACAAAACCAAAAAACUUUCCUAGACAAUCAAAUAAUUCCCCCUCCCCCACCCGACAUGAAUUACCAUUUUCCGGUUUGUUUUUCUUCUUCUUAA